GUGUGUGUGUGUGUGUGUGUGUGUGUGUGUGUGUGUGUGAGUGUGUGUGUGUGUGUGUGUGUGUGUGUGUGUGUUUGUGUGUGUGAGUUGUGAGACUGGAGUAGCAGCAGAUAUCUGAUGAACACAAACAUCUUCAUUCACAAGCGUCCUGUGUGUUUGUGGAUGCAGGUCAGGGCGGAAUGCAGUCUUCAUCAACAUCAGUAUUUCUCUUUCUUCUGUCGGGACUUUCUCUUUCUUUGGCUUGUAAUAAAGCUCUGUGUGCCAGUGACGUCAGCAAGUGUCUCAUUCAGGAGUUGUGUCAGUGCCGGCCGUCAGAUGGCAACUGCUCGUGUUGUAAGGAGUGUAUGAUGUGUCUGGGGACUCUGUGGGAAGAGUGUUGUGAUUGUGUUGGCAUGUGUAACCCCAAAAACUACAGCGACACGCCGGCGACCGCUAAGAGCACUGUGGAGGAACUGUACCGACCAAUCCCAUCUCUCUUCAGAGCGCUCACUGAGGGCGAAGCACCAAUCAACAUGAUGGUGGUGUCAUUUCCUGUGGCCGAAGAACUGUCCUAUCACGAGAACCUGGUGUCUUUCCUGGAGACCAUGGAGGACACGCAUCAGAACAUCUCGUUACCCGGAAACAGCAUCCACGCCAGCUACGACAACACUGCAGAUAAGAUGUGCACAGUUGUGUACUUUGAUGACUGUGUGUCUAUUCGUCAGUGUAAGCAGUACUGCGAGUCGAUGGGCGGAUCGAAGUAUCGCUGGUUUCACAACGCGUGCUGUGAAUGCAUCGGACCCGAGUGCGUCGAUUACGGCAGUAAAGCCGUCAAGUGCAUGAACUGUCUGUACUGACUUUUAUACGUUACUUUAAUCAUGUAAAUUACUUAAGUUUUAUUUCUGUGUUUGUUACAUUUGAUAGGUUUCAGAGGAUAAUGGAUUUUUAUAUAUUUUUUAAAUUCUUGCCUGUCACCUUUAGAUGAUUUUCAUAUAUAGCAGAUUAUAUACAGCUUACUCUUAAUAAAGACCUUCUAGUUUCAUAAUGUGAGUUUACUGACAGCUUAGAAAUGUACAUGUGAUGGUUAACGUUAAUAAAUGCAUUAGGUAUCAUGAACUAUCAGUCAACAAUCAUGGUGCAUUUUAAUUCAAACAAAUCUUAACAUAUAGCCCUUUAAAUGUGAAAAAUGUAUAUGAUUAAAAAUGAUUUUAAGUAGCUGUUGUUUAUUGUAAGUUUGUGUUAACUAAUGUACUUAACUGUUAACAAAAAUAACCUUACUGUAAAACGUUACCCAUAUUAUUGCUUCUCUUAGACAAUAAAGAUUCUUGAAUGUAUGUUGUUAUUGCAGCUCGUGUCUGAUAAAGUCACAAAGACUGAUUGUUCUGUUGCUUAUUAAAUAGAGACAGAUGAAAACGAG